UGCUGCCGAGUGCGCAUGCGCACGACGAUCCCAUUCUUGUGCUGCAGGCAGCAUUCCGGGUGGAGAGAAAACGACAUUUAGGCCGUCAACCUUUAUAAAGCACAUUAGCAGUGUGUGUGUCUACAACAACAAGAGACCUUUAAACAAACUAUGGGCUCUCCAGGGCAGAUCCCAGGAAAAGACACGGAUAUGUAAUCUGGCCUCCAUCCUACUCCUCCUUUGCUGCUCCCCUAAAGUACCCUUUCCAACUCUUAGUAGUGGUGAGAAGUCAGCGUUCCCCAGCUGCUGCGCGGGCACACAUGGUGCAUAGCUACCAUUCCCACAGCCCGACUACAUCAGUCUCGAGGGCACAGCCACUAGCUAGCUAGUGGGCUAGCCGUUCCCACUGAAGGACGGACAGUCUUUUUGGAAGAAACUACAAACUUGUCUUGGCUCAUUCUUCAACAAGCCAGUUGAGUUUAGUGUGAUUGACGGGGGCAAAUAGGGAGACAAUUAAAAGGUUGAUGGAGGCCAACAUGGAGAGCUGCCUGGCCCACGUCCUGCAGAAAGAUGUGGGCAAGCGCCUACAGACGGGCCAAGACAUCAUUGACUAUAUCUUGGACAAAGACAAGUCUCGGGACCUUGAACAGGACCAGACUGCUCUUGAUAAGAUGGUGGAUGGCAUCGCAAGCUCUUGGGUCAACUCCAGCAAUUUCAAGGUGGCUCUCCUCGGCUUGGACAUGCUCUCUGCUUUACUGACCAGGUUACAAGAGCGCUUUAGAGCUCAGGUGGGAACAGUUCUGCCCAGUCUUAUUGAUCGAUUGGGGGAUUCCAAAGACCAAGUGAGAGAACAAGACCAAGCACUGCUGUUGAAGAUCAUGGAACAAGCUGUAACUCCACAGUUUGUUUGGGACCGAAUGCUGGGAGGCUUCAAACAUAAGAACAACAGGACAAGAGAAGGAGUGUGCCUUUGCCUUAUUGCCACAUUGAAUAUGUAUGGAGCACAUGGCCUGACGCUCAGUAAGAUUGUUCCUCACAUAUGUAACCUAUUGGGGGAUCCCACCAGUCAGGUUCGAGAUGGCGCUAUGAGUAGCCUGGUGGAGAUCUACAGACAUGUGGGAGAGAGAGUCAGGAUGGAUCUCAGCAAGAAAGGCCUGCCUCAGUCACGCUUGAAUGUCAUCUUCAGCAAGUUUGAUGAAGUUCAAAGAUCCGGGAACAUGAAUCCCUCCUCCGGAUCAGAUAAGAACUUUGAAGAUGAGGACUCUGUUGAUGGAGGCCGGUCCUCCUCGUCGUCAUCCUCUAAAGCACCUCCUGGUGGUAGGAGGCCUGUUAUAACUUCUGCAAGAAGACCCAGCUCUGCAACUACAGCGAAGACCACAGGUAAAGAAGCAGGUGCCGGUGCUGUUGAUGAAGAGGAUUUCAUCAAAUCCUUUGAAGAUGUGCCCUCAGUUCAGAUUUACUCCAACAGGGAGCUGGAGGAGCAGCUGAGUAAGAUCAGAGAAAUUCUAUCAGAUGACAAACACGACUGGGAGCAUCGAGUGGUAGCCCUGAAAAAGGUUCGCUCAUUGAUGAUGGCGGGUGCAGCAGAGUACGAGGGUUUCCCUCAGCAGCUUCGUCUACUGGAGGCGUCGCUCAAACUGUCGGCUAAAGAUCUGCGCUCACAGGUCGUCCGCGAGGCCUGCAUCACUUUGGGACAUUUGUCAUUCCUGCUGGGUAACAAGUUUGACCACGGGGCAGAAAGCAUCAUGCCCAUCCUGCUCAACCUGGUGUCCAACAGUGCCAAAAUCAUGGCGACGUCUGGAAUGGCUGCGAUCCGUCUAAUCCUGCGGCAUACACACUACCUGCGUCUUAUCCCCAUCAUUACAAGUAACUGCACCUCCAAAUCAGUCGCAGUCAGACGACGCUGUUAUGAGUUUUUAGACUUAAUGCUGCAUGAGUGGCACACAAAUACACUGGAAAGACAUGUUGCUGUCCUCACUGAAACCAUCAGGAAAGGAAUCCAUGAUGCUGAUUCUGAGGCUAGAUCCAUUGCCAGGAAAUGUUACUGGGGCUUUCAUGGUCACUUUAGCCGUGAGGCAGAGCACCUGUUCCAAGCGCUGGAGUCCACGUAUCAGAAAGCACUGCAGACUCACCUGAAGAGUUCCGACAGCAUCGUUUCUUUACCCCAAUCAGAUCGUUCCUCAUCGUCUUCACAGGAGAGUCUAAAUCGACCACUGUCUGUGAGGACUGUCAUUGGAGGCAGCUUAGCCAGAACUAAGAUAGUAAGCACCCGCUUACCACUUACACCAGGUGCCCUCCAACGUUCCCGUAGCGACGUGGAUGUAAACGCUGCCUCCAGCGCCAAGUCCAGGGUGUCCACUGUUCCAGCAUCCUCACCAUUCAGCUCAGCGGCCGCCCUUCCCCCUGGAUCUUAUGCUUCAUUAGAUGGCACCCCUGGUAAAAGUGAUGGUCGGGUUCGUACCAGAAGGCAAAGUUCUGGGAGUGCAAGCGGGUCCAGUACUACAGUGGUGGACCGUAGAGGGCGCAGUCGAGCCAAAGUGGUGUCCCAGUCCCAGCGAUCCAGAUCAGCCAAUCCCAUCAGUGCUGGCAGUCGCUCCAGCUCCCCAGGAAAGCUGCUUGGACACGGCAGCCAUGGUCGCGUCCCUCGCACCACAGUGUCCGUGUCCAACACGCCAGCUGACAAGCGCAGCAGGAUCCCUCGCAGCCAAGGAUGCAGCCGAGAGACUAGCCCGAGUCGCCUUGGCAUAGCCAGGCUGUGUGCUAAAAACGCUAUUCUGCCUGCUGCUCUUCCCUACUGCACGCUAGCCCGGAGCCGCAUUCCCCGUCCCAGCAUGAGUCAAGGUUGCAGUCGCGAUACUAGUCGCGAGAGCAGCCGCGACACCAGCCCUGCCCGGGGCUUCACUCCUCUGGCCUCUCGACGUCACUCCCGUUCAACCAGUGCUCUCACAGCCAACCCCAAUGGCCAGUCAGAUCGCUAUGGGUUGAUCCACCAAGCAAGAAUCUCAGCAUCAGUAAAUGCAAUGAGGGUCCUUAACACUGGAACUGAGGUGGAGGCCGCAGUUGCUGAUGCUCUGCUGUUAGGAGACUCCAGGAAUAAGAGGAAGCCAAUGAGGCGGCGGUACGAAUCACCAGGAAUAUACUCUGAUGAUGACGCCAACAGCGACGCAUCCAGUGCCUGCUCAGAGCGCUCGUAUGGCUCAAGAAACGGCGUCAUCCCACAUUACCUUCGCCAGACUGAGGACGUGGCGGAGGUUCUUAACCACUGUGCCAGUUCCAAUUGGUCCGAACGGAAGGAGGGUCUUUUGGGACUUCAGAAUCUGCUCAAGGGUCAAAGGAUAUUGAGUCGAGUGGAGCUGAAGAGACUUUGUGAAAUUUUCACAAGAAUGUUUGCGGAUCCACACAGCAAGGUGUUCAGCAUGUUCCUGGAGACUCUUGUGGAUUUCAUCACGGUGCACCGGGAGGACCUGCAGGACUGGCUGUUUGUCCUGCUCACCCAGCUGCUGAAAAAGAUGGGUGCAGACCUGCUUGGUUCAGUCCAGGCCAAAGUCCAAAAAGCUUUGGACAUCACAAGAGAGUCUUUCCCGUUUGACCAGCAGUUUAAUAUUUUAAUGAGGUUCAUUGUGGAUCAGACACAGACCCCAAACCUGAAGGUGAAGGUGGCCAUUUUGAAGUACAUUGAGUCUUUGGCGCGGCAAAUGGACCCGACAGACUUUGUCAACUCCAGCGAGACUCGCCUGGCCGUGUCUCGCAUCAUCACCUGGACCACCGAACCCAAAAGCUCUGAUGUCAGGAAGACCUUAAAUAAGUGGGUGAGUGAGGAACUAGAUGGCGGGGUCAGUACUGCAGCUCUACUGUCCAUUGAGGGCAACCUGGAUGAAAGGUGUAAGCAGGCUGCCCAGGUGGUGCUGAUUGCCUUGUUUGAGCUCAACACACCAGAGUUUACCAUGCUGCUGGGAGCCCUGCCCAAGACCUUCCAGGACGGUGCCACCAAAUUACUGCACAACCACCUAAAGAACUCGAGUAACGGCAGCAGCAGCGUUGGGUCUCCAAGUAACACGAUUGGUCGCACGCCACCUCGCCAUAUGCCGAGUAGAAGCAGCCCACUCACCUCUCCAACUAACUGCUCACAUGGAGGACUUUCGCCAAGUCGGUUAUGGGGUUGGGGUGUCGACGGACUGGCAAAGCAACCCCCCGCCCUUACUCCUCUUCCUCCGCCUAACUCCAACCCUGCUGCUCCUUCUUUCAGGGUCCUGCGUAGAGCUCCCUCACCCAGCAUGAUGGAGUACGAUACUGAGAACAUGAACUCGGAGGAUAUCUACAGUUCCCUGCGUGGCGUCACAGAGGCCAUCCAAAGCUUCAGCUACCGCAGCCAAGAAGAUCUGAAUGAGUCUAUCAGACGAGAGGGCAAGCGAGACGAUGCGGCGGGGAGAGAAGGAAUAUCGUCUAGUCCUGCUUCUGAUGCUCGCCCGGGAUCAGAUGCACAGGAAGUGGGUCGCACUGCCUUGGACAACAAGACGUCGUUGCUCAACACACCGUCACCACGCUCAUUUUCCGGGCCCAGGAGUCGGGAAUUUGCUCCUUACGGCCACGGAGAAACCAUCUGCACCUACAACAAGAGCGCCCUGAAGGAGGCAGUGUUUGAUGAUGACGUGGAACAGUUCCGUGACUGCCCUCGUAAGGAAAGUGCUGAAAACGCCAGGAGAUUUCCUGUUGGUCAGGACCAUUCAGACCUGGUUGCUGACCUGCUGAAGGAGCUGUCCAAUCACAAUGAGCGCUCUGAUGAACGUAAGGGUGCCUUGGUGGAGCUACUGAAGAUCACGAAAGACAAUAGCCUGGCUGUGUGGGAUGAACAUUUCAAAACCGUCCUCCUCCUCCUGCUUGAAACACUGGGAGAUAAAGAUCACACAAUCCGAGCCUUGGCGCUGCGUGUGUUGAAAGAAAUAUUACGGAAUCAGCCGGCCCGCUUCAAGAAUUAUGCAGAACUAACAAUCAUGAAGACCUUGGAGGCGCACAAAGAUUCUCACAAAGAGGUGGUGCGUGCGGCUGAGGAGGCGUCUUCAACGCUGGCAGGAUCAAUUCAUCCUGAACAAUGUAUCAAAGUUCUGUGUCCCAUUGUACAAACUGCUGAUUAUCCAAUCAACUUAGCUGCCAUCAAGAUGCAAACUAAAGUCAUUGAACGCAUCACCAAGGACUCACUAGUGCAGCUGCUGGCUGACAUCAUUCCUGGUCUGCUGCAGGGCUACGACAACACAGAAAGCAGCGUCCGCAAGGCCAGUGUGUUUUGUCUGGUGGCGAUCUACUCUGUAAUUGGUGAGGACCUCAAACCUCACCUGGCACAGCUGACAGGCAGCAAGAUGAAAUUAUUAAAUUUGUACAUCAAGAGAGCUCAGACGACAAACAGCAACAGCAGCAGUUCUUCUGAUGUUUCUUCCCACAGUUAACAACUUUGCUCAUCUUCAACGUCACAUAGAACACGUUCAUACCCCGUCAACCAAAUGUACAAAUCAAUUACUUCAUUAGAAAAUAUAUGUACAAAAAAGCAUCACUCUUGUAGUUUAUUUGAAGUAGUUUUAAGUUAAUUAAGAAACAAAACACUAUUGUAUUCUUAUUUUGUAAUGGAACAAUGGCUUACACAUUUUGGAGCUUUUUUUUCUUCUUAAGAGUUGGGCGAGACCACAAGUACACACACACACACACACAGACACGCACACACACACACACACACACACACACACACACACUCACACACGUUGACUGGCAUGUACAAAGUAUUAGCUUACUAAAAACUGUGAAUUAAUUGUGACGAUGCAAACGCAGUAUUCUCCUGUGUGUACCACCAAUAAUUAAGUAGUACUUUGUAAAUACGCGUGUAGGAUUCUGCUUGGCAACGUGUGGCUUGCUGAUGUCAAUCAUUUCUACCUUUAUUUGGCGUAAAAUAUUUCCAUUUUUGUGGACAAAAAAAAAGAAAAACUCUUGAAAAAGUUUUUUUUUUAAUCCAGCAUCAAUUUAAGAUAAAACUGUCCAAACUUUUUACAGCCAAUAAAAAUGACUAAAACCUAGAUAAAAUACACAAAAAACAAAUCCAAUGUAAGUCAAGCAGUUAAAUAUACUUAACAUUCUAAAUACAUUUUUUAUUUAUUAUUUCCUUCAUCUAAAAUGUAUUUAUUUAAUUUUCAAUGUUUGUGUGUGUGGGGGAGCGGGGUAAAUUUAUUUUGUAAGUUAUUUUUAUUUUUAAAAAUUUAAAUAAUUCCUAGCUCAUGAGAUUUAGUUUUUUUUAUUAUUAUUUUUAUUUAAAGGCCUUUAAUUGUAUUUUUUUUUCUCACAUCUAAUAUAUUUUAUUUAAAUAUUUUGUAGGUGCAUACAAAAUAAAAUGCCUUCCUAUUUAUUUUACCCAUCUGAAACUUUAAUGAAUGAAUACAUUCUCCAAAUCCAUACAGUAUAUAAAAGGCCUUUAUAAUUGUAUAUGAUGAUCUUAAAUCUAAUAUUGUCUUUUCACUAGGUACAUACAUAAAAAUAGAACCCAAUACAUUUUGUCUAAAUAAAUAAGAAAAAUCCCUAUCUAAAACUUUAAUACAUUUUUAUGUUUCCUUCUUACAUAAAUAUUAAAUAAGCCAAUAUAUUAUUAUUAUUAUUAUUUUUUUUUUUUUUGGUCAAAUGUAUUUAUAAUUUUGAAUAACCUCAAAUCAAAUAGUUUUUUUGAUUUGAGAUUAUACACAAUUAUAAAGAUUUAAUAAAUUAAUGUAUUUCCAGAUUUUAUAAAUAUCACAUAAGACAAUAAGUUUGAAAAAAUGUAGAAAAUAUAUUAUUUAGAUUAUACAUACAUACCCAUUUUUUGAAUUUUUACAUAGCAAACAACUUUUUCUCAUAACGUGUGAAUAUUUUCCUUUUUAUUGAGUUCUUGAUUACGGUCUAAUGCAGACUGUUUUUUUUUUGUUUUUUUCCAUCUUAAAUGAAAAAAAAAUCACUUUAGCCUGGUCUGCUGUUGACGCCACAUUUCUAUUUUGGCACUUAAAACUGUCCCAUCCCCCCUGCAGAUUACACGCUGGUAAAUUUGGUACGACUUUUGUACCAGAUUUUGGACACGUUUGACUUAAAGCAGGAGUGUCCAAAGUGUGGCUGGCAGCUCAAGUUUUGUUGGCCCGCACAUAUUGUUGAAAAUAAAUUUAAUAAAAAAGACAUAAUUUAAUGCAGAAAAGCAGAAUGUUUGAUAAUUAAUAAUUGUAAUAAUAUUAUUAAUAAGUAUUAUUACGCUUUGUCACUUAUAACACAAAGCUGACACACCUGUUUGUAUUUAACUAUAAAUGUUUGUUUUUAGCAGACAUUUUAGUUUUUUUGAAAAUGGCCCCAUGCUUUGACUUUUCAGUAUGUGGCUGUUGGUGGAAAAAGUUUGGACACCCCUGAUUUAUGGAGAUGAAUGUGUCUUUUUAUACAACCCAAAAAAUAUUUGCAAACAAAAAAUAGAUUUGAAAUUAAAACAAAAUAUUUCCAAACCCAAAAUUUUGGUUACAAAUCAUGUUUGUGGUUACAAACUGUUUUAUUUUUAGUUGCAAACUUUUUUAAUUUUUAUUUAUUUUUUAUUUUUGUCUGGGUCGCCGCUAAACAAUACAAGGCAAGCAAAACUUUUUGUUUGUUAGAACAUUUUUUGGUUUCAUAAAAAGACAUGUUUUUCCCCAUACUGACUUACGAUGUAUGUCAAAAUGUAUGAAAAAGUGUAAAACGUUGAAGUCAGCAUUAUUCAAAAUAAUGGUUACUUUGGUGCCUUUGAGCAACAAUCUUCAUCAAAAGAAGAACUUUUAGUUGAAAGGUUUUUGAUUUUCUAAUCAAUGAAUGUUUUCUUACUUUCCUCCAUCGCAUGUUGGAUCACAUGCAACAUGGACGCCUUCUUAAUGUACAUGCCAGCUCUUUGGAUAUCUUUUCGUAUUUCUGACAUUUCAAUAUUUGUAUUUAUUUGAUGAGUCAUGCUAAUAUGUGCAUGAUGAUGACAUCACUGCUGGACUUGCAACAAUGGAAAUAAAAUGUUUCAGUAAUAAACAGAC